CUCUCUGAGCUCUGCCUCUUUUAUGUCUCGCGCUGCUGGCCGCCUCCCGGUUUCGAGCAACACGGAACAACAAAUGUGAAAAACAAACACAAACAUUAUUUUUGACUUCCCACACGACCGUCCGAUUGAGAACUCCCUCCCUUUCAUAAAUGAGCCAUGGCGGUAAACUUCGGCAAGAUCGUCGUGGGGAUUUAUGUGGAGAUAAAGCGUAGCGAUGGACGAAUACACCAGGCCAUGGUGACCUCUUUAAAUGAAGAUAAUGAUAGUGUCACUGUGGAAUGGAUAGAAAAUGGAGACACUAAAGGGAAAGAGAUUGAUCUGGAGUGCAUAUUUUCACUAAAUCCAGAUGUCGCUCAAGAAGAGGAGAUUUCUUUGAGUCCUGUUACCCCUCCUCCUCCUGCACCCAGUUCUGUUAAGGUUAACAAAAUCCCUAAGAAUCGUAGAACUAUUGCACCGGGAAGGAGUGAAAUCCCAUCAAGAGACAACAGAGUUGCCUCGACCCGGGCACGGCAGGCCCAGCAGCAGCCAGAAUCAGCGCCCCCUCCACCAGCACAACAGCCGCCACAGAGCCAGACCCAAAGUCAGCUAACUCAACUGCAAAACGCGAGGAGGAAGUCGAAUUGUGUGAAGGAAGUGGAGAAGUUGCAGGAGAAGCGUGAGAGACGCAGGUUACAGCAACAGGAACUGAGGGAGAAGAAAGCACAGGAGACUGAUACAACUGUUCCAAACUAUGAAAUACUGCAGAUGAUCAGAGACUUCAGAGCAAGUCUGGACUAUCGACCCUUAACCACUACAGAUUUGAUCGAAGAACACAGAAUAUGCGUGUGUGUGAGAAAACGUCCCCUGAAUAAAAAAGAGUUGACUGUAAAGGACCUAGAUGUGAUCACUAUUCCCAGUAAAGAUGUUGUCAUGGUUCAUGAACCAAAACAGAAGGUGGACCUGACUCGAUACUUAGAGAACCAAACAUUUCGCUUCGAUUACGCCUUUGAUGACAGCACAACAAAUGAAAUGGUUUACAGGUUUACUGCAAGACCGCUUGUGGAAACUAUCUUUGAUAGAGGAAUGGCCACAUGUUUUGCUUAUGGCCAAACUGGAAGUGGGAAAACACAUACUAUGGGUGGAGAUUUUUCUGGAAAGAACCAAGAUUGUUCGAAAGGAAUCUACGCAUUAGCUGCUCGAGAUGUUUUUCUCAUGCUGAAGAAACCAAACUAUAAGAAGCUGGAUCUUCAAGUUUACGCAACUUUCUUUGAAAUCUACAGCGGAAAGGUAUUUGACCUGUUGAAUCGCAAGGCUAAGCUUCGUGUGCUUGAAGACGGGAAGCAGCAGGUACAGGUAGUUGGGCUUCAGGAGCAUGAGGUCAGAUGCACUGAGGAUGUCCUUAAACUGAUUGAAAUGGGGAACAGUUGCAGAACAUCAGGCCAGACUUCAGCCAAUGCCCACUCGUCCCGCAGCCACGCCGUUUUCCAGAUUAUAUUGCGAAGGAAGGGCAAGAUGCACGGCAAGUUUUCACUAAUUGAUCUGGCUGGCAAUGAGCGUGGAGCAGACACAUCCAGCGCCGACCGUCAGACUCGGUUGGAGGGAGCCGAGAUCAACAAGAGUCUUUUGGCUCUGAAAGAAUGUAUCCGAGCCCUCGGCCGUAAUAAACCCCACACCCCAUUCAGAGCGAGCAAACUCACACAGGUCCUUAGAGACUCAUUUAUUGGAGAAAACUCCAGGACAUGCAUGAUCGCCACCAUCUCUCCUGGUAUGGCCUCCUGUGAGAACACGCUGAACACUCUGAGAUAUGCCAACCGAGUGAAAGAGUUGACUGUGGAUACCAAUGCCAUGACAGAGGGUGUCCGACCCAACGCCAUCACCAUCAACCAGCUGGACAUCAUGGAUGAGGAGUGGGAUCUGGGCAUCCCUCAAAGAGAUGACCUCAAACUUCUCUGUGAACAAAAUGAAGAGGAAGUUUCUCCUCAGCUCUUCACUUUUCAUGAAGCCGUUUCUCAGCUGGUGGAGAUGGAGGAGCAGGUACUGGAAGACCACAGGGCUGUGUUUCAGGAGUCCAUCAGGUGGCUUGAGGAUGAGAAAGUUCUCCUGGAGAUGACUGAGGAGGUGGACUACGACGCGGAGUCAUACUCAUCUCAGCUAGAGCAAAUUCUUGACCAGAAAAUUGAGAUCCUCAUCGAGCUACGAGAUAAAGUGAGGUCAUUCCGUUCUGCGCUCCAAGAGGAGGAACAAGCCAGCAAACAGAUUAAUCCAAAGCGGCCCCGUGCACUGUAGCCUGGAACGCGUAUUCGAAGAGGAACGACAAAUACAAGAGUCCUGUAGGCUUCUUGGUAGUAUUCAGAAGUAUUCUGAAAAAACUUUCCUAUCAUUACAUGUGAAAUGAUUAAAACUGUUAGUUUUUUCUCUUACAAAUCAGCCGAGGACAAAGAAGGGGAUUUUGUUUAUUAUUAAACCCUUGUUGAAUCGAUUUUGAGGAAAGCUUUUCUCGUUUUUUUAUUAGUAUUGAUUUUAUUUAUUUACUUUUUCAUUGUAGGUUAAGGGUACAAACUUGUAUCGGUUGAUACUUACAUGUUCUACCCUUUUGGGUUUCACUGAAGUCCUUUAUUUGAUCUUCUUCUGAAUCAUAUGCAUGAACACUUAGCAACAGUUUACCACUCCGUUCCUAGCAUGACUGACUUGGUUCAUCUGCACUUUAAAUAACCUUGUUUUGGGGAUUGUUUUUCAUAUUUGGCGGUAUGUAUAGCAGUUUCUGUUGAUGGGCUGUCACAGCAUUUUAUCUUGCUUUUUAUUAGGGCAUAAUAAUCAAAGGACUUCUCAUGGAAGCAUUUAAUGUCCUGGAAGUGAAAUGCUGAGGUUAUGUAAAUGAAUGUGAGAAUUGUCAGCGGUUAUAUUCAUUUUUGUUGGUUUGACCGCUGUUCCCUCCCACAAUACCUUCUUUAAGUUUCCCAUUUGCUUAUGUGCCAUAUCAUGAAGUUAACGGUUUACCAAAACACUUCUCCUUCAGUGUUUUUUUCCAAGACUUUCAACGUUCUCACAUCAACUAAUAAACUUUGUAAUAACAUAUAAAUCUAGAGUAAAACUCUCAUAGCAAAUGAAUAGGAAAUACCACUUGUCUACUGCUGUGUGGAGUGUUACAGACACCUCUCAACUUAAUAAAUAAAUAAAGAAUCAUUCAACAAAA